CAGCGUUAGCGGCGGACUUUUUCACAGUAAAGAAGACGGAUCGGAUUUUCAGUCCCAACUAGAAAGUCCAGUUCGACCGACAGAAAUGUCACAGGAGCAUGACAAUAAGCGUGCGGUCCUGGUUCUCCAGAACGAACCAGGCUAUGGAGGCCAGCGUCGCUCCUUCACCACAGAAGACGAAGCCUGGAAAUCCUUUUUGGAGAACCCGCUGACGGCUGCCACCAAGGCCAUGAUGAGCAUAAACGGUGACGAGGACAGCGCCGCGGCUUUAGGCCUGCUGUACGACUACUAUAAGGUGCCCAGGGAAAAGAGAACAAUAACCCAAAACAAGCCAGAAGCCUUGGUCUGUGAUGUGGAUCCCAACAAAAGACACCAGAUCCAGGCCGGACACUCCAUAUCUCCACUUCAGGAAGGCGGCAUGGAGAGCAGGAUCCAAGUCCUCAAGGGGCCCUUCAAUAUUCUUCAGCUGUCCCAGGACAAGAGGGCCCAGUUCCCCUCACCAGACACGACCGUCACCGUUUCCAUCGCCACCAUGCCAAACUACCUGCCCGUCAAGACAGAGGUGCCCACCCACGGCUUCUCGGUGACUGUGCCAAACAACUGUGCUGAAACCGACGGCCAUGUGGGCGUCUUUGACCGCCAGCUCACCCACAACACGGUGCAGUUCAGCCCCAGCACCCAGUCCCGCACGCCCCCCGACUCCACCUUCUCCGAGAGUUACAAGGAUGGUUCCCAGGAGGUGUUUUCCUUCCCUGGGGAUAUCCAGUUACGUAUGGCCACCAUGACGCCUGAGGACUACACUCAGUUUAACACCGUGCCGGGGAAUAACUUUGAGUACACUCUUGAGGCGUCCAAGUCUCUGCGUCAGAAGACAGGUGACGGGACGAUGACGUACCUCAACAAGGGCCAGUUUUACCCGAUUACCCUCAGGGAGGUUGACAACAAAGGAAUGCAGCAACCCAUCACCAAAGUCAGGAGUGUAGUGAUGGUGGUGUUUGGAGAGGAGAAGUGCAGAGAUGAUCAGCUGAAGCAUUGGAAGUACUGGCACUCCAGACAGCACACUGCCAAACAGAGGUGUCUGGAUAUUGCUGACUACAAGGAGAGCUUCAACACCAUUGGUAACAUCGAGGAGAUUUCCUAUAACGCCAUUUCCUUCACCUGGGACACCAAUGAUGAGGCCAAAAUUUUCAUCUCAGUCAACUGUCUGAGCACCGACUUCUCCUCCCAGAAGGGUGUGAAGGGUCUCCCUCUGAACCUGCAGAUCGACACCUACAGCUACAACAACCGCAGCAACAAGCCCAUCCACCGUGCCUACUGCCAGAUCAAAGUCUUCUGUGACAAGGGAGCCGAGAGGAAGAUCCGUGACGAGGAGAGGAAGCAGUCCCGCCGGAAAACAGUUGUGGAUGCCAAAGUUCCCAUCCUCCAAAAACGCAACGAUGUGACCAUCUUCAAGAUGAUGACCGACCACGAGACCCAGCCCGUCCUUUUCAUUCCUGACAUCCACUUCUCCACCUUCCAGCGCCAUCCUUUCCCGACAGAAGAUGGCGAGGACAACAGCUCGGGCAUGAAGAGAUUACCCUUCAGUGAUGAAGAGUUUGGUUCGCCCCCAAACAAGAUAGCGAGAGGAGGGGAACCUAAGAAAGUCCUGCUGUACGUGCGCAAGGAGACUGAGGAGGUGUUUGAUGCCCUCAUGCUGAAGAAUCCCACGCUGAAAGGCCUGGUGGAAGCUAUUUCAGAGAAGUAUGAAUUACCUUUGGAUAAGGUUGGAAAAGUCUACAAGAAGUGCAAGAAAGGGAUCUUAGUUCACAUGGACGACAACAUCAUCAAACACUACUCCAACGAAGACACCUUCCAGAUCACCAUGGAGGAGAUGGGCGGCAUGUACAAACUCACCCUCAGUGAGAUCUGAUUGGAUAGGAGGAUGUGACAUCACCCAGAGCCAUCAGGAGUAGUGGUUUACACAUCUUGCUAUGCAGUGAUUAUGGACUUGAUCUGAAACUUAAAUCAUGUGGUCUUCGUGCUGCAUCAAUGUCAAACAAAUUUUAAAAGUCUCACAAGAGGUAUUUUAAAAAGCCAUAGCUCUUAAUAGAUCACAUUGUUGAUUGUUAUGACAUCUUUAUUUUGUAUUUAGUAAGUUGCACCUCAGAUAAUAAUGCCUACUUUUGUAAAUUUGUGUGCAGAGCAUUUGUGGUGCUGCUAUACCUCAUGCUAUGCAAGCAGCAGUGUUUCUUUUUAUGAGGGGAAACGACUCGUCUUUCUCUUCCUAAAGCCAUAGCACUGAUGAUUACAAUCUGUAAAGUUGGGGAGUCUCUGCCCAAAAUGAAGACAGCAAAUUGUUGAUAGAGCCCCAGUGGUUCAGUGUAUUAAUACGAAACAACAUGGCAGUAUUUAGUGUGCAAAACUCUUCAACCAUCAUACAAUUAGGGUAGAAUAAUGUAAAUAUUAGUUUUUUUGAGCAUAGUAUACAUGUUGUUUGUGAAUGAAAUGACUUAAAAUAUUUUUUGUCAGAUCAAUAUAAAAAAAAUGGCCUUUUUGUAAGUAUUAAUAGUCACUAAAUAUAUUGAUAACGAUGCUAAAAUACAGCUACCGUUCCCCUGUAGAGUAGUUUUCUGAAUGUUGAUGAAGUAGGUCAAUGAAUGUCUAAUACAGUGAGGCUGUUCUGGAAGUGCAAUAUGACAUUUAGUUUCAGGCACAUUCGGAAAAAUAACACCUCCUCCACAGUAUAUAAUACAUAUUAUCUGAUAAAACUGAUUUUCUUUAUGGAAAUAUUGUUGUAUAUAUCCACUGAAAAAAAAAGAUCCAUCUGAUCCCUCCUUUUGUAUUUCAGUACUUAUUGUGUAUAUAUUUAUUAAGAGAUGGAUGUGGGUCAUUGUUGCUUUUGUUUUUUUACUAUAUAUAUCCAAAUUUCUAUUAUUCCUAAUAAUAUAAUGUUUUUUUUUCCUUUUUGUAUGAAGUUAUUCUAACCUUACUUGUCAAGGGACAAAAAGUUAUUAAUGUGUUUUGUUUUUUUUGUAAAGGAUUUGAUGCACAAA